AUGAAGCAAUUUCUGGCUGCAAAAGCUAAGAGAGAGGUAGCUGCAAACAUCAGGAGACUACACCAUGCACCAUCCUCAUUCAGAGCCAGUUCUUCUCAUUUCAGAGCAUCCACUAGGAGUGAUGCAGACUUUGCAGCUUUGAAGAAGAAGCUUGAUCAGCAAGAGAAGAUCAACAGGCGCAUGAAGAAACUACCAAAGAUCCGCUGCUCGUGCCACAGAGAGCCAAUGGAGCCAUCUCGCCCCUCUGCACAUCACGUUCUCAUGUCCAAUGCUCGAGCCGCAUCCGCCAAGAAGAAGACGACGACCUCCACUUCGUCAAGCUCGCCGAAGAAAAGGAAACUCGGCGAAACCCGAACCGCCGGUUCGGACAAAACCCUUGUUUCGAAACCUGUUUCUGAUUCCGUAAAACCCAAAUCGGAUUCUUUAUCUACUGUUGAAGACUCAAAGUCUAGGGCUUUGAUCAAAAUCGCUGAACUGAAGAACAGAAUCGGGUUUCUGAAGAGUAAUCCCGAUAGUUUCGAUCCUGAAUCAGUGGCUUGGUGGGAGAAAGGAGAGAGAGUUCCGUUUAUGUUUCUCUGUUUGGUUUUUGAUCUGAUUUCAAUCGAAAACAACAGAAAAAGUGGUCGGAUUGUGAUCACUGAUGUCCUGUGUAACAUGUUGAGAACCGUGAUCGCCACGACUCCUGAAAAUCUGAUCGCUACGGUUUAUCUCGCUGCGAAUGAGAUCGCUCCUGUUCAUGAAGGUGUUGAAUUGGGUAUCGUUAAAAGUUCCAUUACAAAGGCAAUCUCCGAAGCUUUUAAUAGAUCAGAUGCUCAAGUUGAGCAGCUUCUGAAAACGGAACUAGCAGACUUGUGGCUUUUAGUAACAGAAAGCCGUUCCUCUCAAGCUACGGUUUUCAACUUCAAGCCUAAACCUUUGACUAUUGUCAAGGUUUUUGAUACAUUUCGACAAAUCGCUAAGGAAAGUGGAAAAGAUAGUCAGAGAAAUAAGAAGAAUCGGAUUACAGGACUUCUUGUUGAAACAACAGACUGUGAAACUCUUUACUUAACUCGUUUACUUGAGGGAAAUCUACGGUUAGGGUUCUCGGGUAAGAUUGUCUUAGCUGCAUUGGGACAAGCCGCUGUGUAUAAUGAAGAGCACUCAAAGCCACCACCAAAUAUCAAGUCUCCUUUAGAAGAGGCUGCGAAGAUUGUUAAAAGAGUAUACAGUGUGCUUCCUGUCUACGACAUGAUUGUUCAUGCUCUUCUAACCGGUGGUGUGUGGAAUCUUACCAAAACUUGUAACUUAACACUUGGUGUUCCAAUUAGACCCAUGCUUGUGAAAGUAAUUAAAAGUAUAGAUCAGAUACUCAAUAACUUCGAGGGCACCGUUUUCACUUGCGAAUACAAAUAUGAUGGUGAACGUGUGCAGAUACAUUAUAUGGAGGAUGGUAUAUUCGAGAUAUACAGUAGAAAUGGUGAAAGAAGUACUGGCAAGUACCCUGAUGUUGCUCGUGCGUUCAAAAGAUCAAAGAAGGCCUCUGUGAAAUCUUUUAUUCUGGAUUGCGAGGUUGUUGCUUUCGACAGAGAGGAAAAGAAAAUUCUUCCCUUUCAGAUUUUGAGCACUCGAGCGCGUAAAAAUGUGAAAGUGAGUGAUAUCAAGGUUGGCGUAUGCAUCUUUGCUUUUGACAUGUUAUAUUUAAAUUGCCAACAACUUAUCCAAGAGAAUCUUGAUAUUCGCCGAGAGAAGCUAUACAAUUCAUUUGAGGAAGAUCUUGGGUAUUUCCAGUUUGUAACUGCUCUAACAUCGAGCGAUACAGAUGAUAUAGAAGAGUUUUUCGAAGCUUCUGUUGACAUCGGCUGUGAAGGUUUGGUCAUUAAGACUUUGAACUCGGAUGCAACCUAUGAGCCUGGAAAAAGCAUUUGGCUAAAACUGAAGAAAGACUAUAUGGACAGCAUUGGGGAUUCUGUUGAUCUUGUACCAAUUGGUGCUUUUCACGGCAAAGGCAAACGUGCAGGUUUAUUUGGCUCAUUUUUAUUAGCUUGCUACGACAAGAAAAAGGAAGAGUUUCAGAGCAUUUGUAAAAUAGGUACUGGAUUUUCUGAAGCCGAGCUUAAAGAGCUGUAUUCUCUUCUUUCCUCUCAUAUGAUUGCCAAACCACAACAUGACUAUCGUGUUGGUGACAGCGACAAACCACAUGUUUGGUUCGAGCCCACUGAGGUAUGGGAAGUGAAAGGAGCUGACUUGACAAUUAGCCCUAAGUAUGGUGCAGCCAUAGGCAUUGUGGUCCCUGAUAAGGGAAUUUCUCUACGUUUUCCUCGUCUAAUCCGUGUGCGGAAAGAUAAGAAGCCAAAGGAGGCUACGUCAUCUAAGCAGAUUGCUGAGAUGUUUCAAGCUCAGAAAAAUAAUCAUCCAAGCAAUCAAGACGAGAGUGACGAUGAUUGAACAACUGGUCUCAGAGCAUAACAUUUUCUCCUAGAUAGCUCACGCCUUUCUCUUGAAUGGUUAUAGUAUACCAAUGUUUGCGAAAGGUGCAAAGAUUGGUGGUUUGGGAUUAAAAAAGUCUCGUGCAUAGAAACAAAAUCUUCGUCUCAAGCUCAAGCUCAUUGAUCAUCUUUGUUCUGUGUGAGUGUCUUCUUUAUUUUUUUUCUUUCU